AAUAUUUAAAUUCAGACCUGCUCUGUUAUUAUCCUGUGACAAGAAUGACAGAAGAAAACGUUCUUCUAACUAUUUCUGAGAAUCCUGGAAUGAUUCAACAGCAAGAAUUUGAAAAGUAUUUUGUAAAUUUAAAUCGAGAUGAAUGGAAGCCAUUGACAGAAAAGAUUGAUUCUAUGUCAGCCGAUUUAAAGAAGGAGUUGAAAGCUUUGUUGACAGAUCAAAAUGAAGAAUCUCUUUACUCUGAGUGUGAAAAACUUUCAAAUGAUAUAGUUAUAGCAGCUAGUUUCCUCUCUGGUUUUGGAAACACUGUUAAAAUAGAGGAUAUAAAUGCUCUUUCUUCAAAUAUACCAAUGAAUAUAGGUGCUUCGGUACUUGAAAUUCUUGUUAUUCGAACCACAGAACUUUUAAGCAAGAAGUUUACGAAUUUUUCAGACAAAUGUCGUGAUUACGAAAGGCUUAUGUUAUUUGUCGAGAUUUAUUGUAGAUUUUCUUCUUUGAAAAAUGUCCUUUUUCUUUAUUAUUAUGCAUCUUUGUUUGAUAGUUUGAUAUCCCAAAAUAUUCGACUGGGCAUACUUCGAGUCAUUAGUGCCCAAAUAGAUAGAAACAAAUCCCUUUUAGAGUUUCUAUGGAAACCAAAUACAUCUACCGCUAUUUUCCAUUUUAUCGGAAAUAUUUCUGAUAGGGAAUUUGUGAAAAGUUUUUUAAUUGAUCAUCACAUGGAAUUAGAUGAGCUAAAUCAUCUCUCAACGGGCACAUAUCGAUUUAGACCCCUUUCCUAUUCCGACGGAUUUGUUUAUAUGGCAGAUUUACCCAGAGGAUUAAAGUUCGUGAGAUGGUCAAGAUCAGUGAAUGUUGAACAAACAAGAUUUACUUUUAGAAAAAGCAAAGAACAUGGAAAGAACAAUUUCUUUAUCCUUUCGAAAAGGGAACCCGAUUUCAAAGUCAGAAAAAUUACUACAGGAUUAUGGGUCGAAGGUUCAUCAACCGACAAAAGUGAUAUGAAUUGCGUGUGGAAAAUUAUUCCAGUGAAGUCGAAUAUUUCAGAAGGCCAAGGUUUUUAUAUUGCAUCCAUGAAAAAUUCCUUUCUUUCAGCAGGAUCCGGUGGUAGAAUAUAUGUACGAGGUUUUAUGAAAGAGGACCAUAGAAACUAUCUAUGGAGUAUUGAGAAUGUGUAAUACUUUUGUUAAAUUUAGCAGCUUGACAGUUUUCUGUUUAAAAAUCUAGAUUUUGUCGGAAAGAACUAACUUCUUGUCCAUGUUGUCAUGAGUUGUUGUCAGUUUUCUUAUACCAUUAUGUUUAAAAAAAAAUUUAAAAAAGAGUUACAUUGUAAUUAACAUGAUAAACAUUGUUGUUUGUUAAUGUCUUAUAGAUCUGAUGUUUGCCAGUUUUUCGUGCUUUUUUUUUAAAUGAAAACUAAACCAAAAUCUUGAAAUUCUACCACUGUGAUCUUUCAGUAGAAUUUUUUGUAAAUUGAAUAUGAUGCAGACAUAAUGAUACAUUUGAAUACAGAUUUAAUGACCAUUCUGGAGCACUUGAGAUCACCCUCGGUUUUUAGUUGUGUUUUGUAAACUGUUGGUUGUUUUUUGGUCUUUGCCAUGGCGUUGUCAGACUAUUUUUGACUUAUGAGUUUGAAUGUCAUUUUGGCUUUGGUAUCUCUCGCCUCUCUUUUUAGCUUUUUAAGCAUAGAUUGAGACAAGUUUUAGCUGUUUUUGGCUUUUCAAUAUACAGUCUUUUUGUAUUCGAUGUUCUUAAUUGUUUUAUCAAUUUGACUUCAGAGCUUUUUUGAAACGAGCAUGAAUGACUGGACAUUUGUCUAUAUACGUUAGCACUGAGUUUUGAUUUUCUUUAUUGACAUAUUUUUUUUUGUUUUUGUAGUGAUUAAGAUUAUUACAAAAUGUUGACUGCUGUAUCCCUAUUUUUUUACCUAUUACGUUCCUUUGUUUUGUUCACACAUUGUUGUCAAUAUAAUGGAAUUCUAUGCGACUGUCAUACAGGUAAAAGGUUAAGUUGGCUAUAAAACCAGGUUUAAUCCACAAUUUUCUACAAAAGGAAAUGCCUGUACCAAGUCAGGAAUAUGACAGUUGUUUUCCAUUCGUUUGAUGUGUUUGAGCUUUUUAUUUUGCUAUUUGAAUUUUCCGUGGAGUUCGGUUUUUUUGUUAAUUUACUUUUUAUUACUGCGUUUAAAAAAUCAUCGCAUUAAAUGCAAUCAAGUCAAUAAUGCUACCGCGCUUCAUACAAAAUGUGCUUCGGUCAACACUUUUGUACCCCAAUAAAAUAACAGAAAGAAGCAUUCAUUUCUUAAAUAAAAUUCGUUAUAAGCAGCGAUGUCAAGAAUGUUAUUAUUGAAAGUGAAAGAAGGGUUUUCCAUUUCGUUGAAAGGUCCUUUCCACAAACAAAUCCUUCUUAUACAGGUAAAAAAAGAUGAUUAACAUUUUUUCAAUCUAUUACAUGAAAUCAAACAGACAUUGGCAAAUCCAAUUGCACGUACCAUUAAUAUUUCUAUUUCGAUUUUUUUUUCCAUAUCGAAUUAUAUGACCGUCGGCAGUCGUCAGAUGUCGUCAGAUGUAAUAGUUAAUUAUAUGGCGUGUAAACUAAAGUACACAUAAAAACGAUAAUACAUGUUAUACAUGUUAUUGAGCCUAUGCAUUGGUAACUGUUUAUUAUAAUUUUUUUGUAAUUAGAAUAUACAUUUUAGUAUGUUAUGAAUCAAACAUGAGAAUUGAGUCAAAUUGGUGAAAAACAUGAACUUGACAGCGAAUGUUCAUUAAACGGCGAACUGACUAUCGUAGCUACUGAGAGCAACCUCGUUUUUCUUAUAUAACCAAUAUAUUUAAAUCCAAAAUUAUAGACGUGUUACGAAAAGGUAUUUAGUUGACGCUGAUGUUGACAAAUUAGACUUUAAAUGUUGGAACUGUGUCAAAACAUUGAUUAUCGAUUAAAACAGGUAAAAGUUGAGUGAUGUUAAUCAGGUAUCCUACACACUUCUUGGUUCAUUAAACAUUAUACAAAUUUAGAAUAAUCAUUUUCUGAUAUCAUUGCUUGUGAUAAUAGAAUGGGAAAGGUGUACGUGUUUUGCCGGGGAGGGUGAUGGUUUUUCUAUGCACUUCUGAACUUGAACAAAAUCAAAUAAUAAGCCAGUUUACUUUUUUUACUUUAUUAAAUACGAUAUCAAGUUGUCACUCCACAACUGAACCUCGUCCUGAAAAUCAUCCCAUAUUUGUCACUGGACGAAACACAAAGAACAUUUAAUAAAUCUUGGCAAAACCCGCACACAAGUUCUACAGUCAUGUUGACUUUUUUCAGAUAUCUCCAAAAGCUUCCACUGACUUUGAAAGUUUUUAAGCGCCUAAUAGAUAUUUCCAAUACAAUGACAUUACUCGACAUAACCAACAUAUCUGACCGUAUUUCAGCCUAUUGAAGUGAAGGACGACAGAGGGGAGCAUAGACUGCUUGAAACUUUGGCUCGUUGAAUACACAUACUUGAUGGAAUAGAUGCUAUUUAAAAAUUAGGACAAACUGCUAUUUUAAUUCUUUACGUAUUUUGUUUUUAAAUUUGGGAUGUUUUCUAAGACAACAACAUUUAAAUGGAAUAUUUAGUUCAGUUACCGGUAAUCAAAUGCACCGAUCACUUACUUCGUCAUUUCACUUGACUCAUAUAUAUAUAUAUGUCUCCCAAACGAUAAAAUCAUAAAGCUACUUAAUCAAAAUUCAGUUUGAAAAAAAAAUAAUGGAAUCUGAAGCGAUAUCAUAUUCUCUUUUUUGAUUUAAAAGUUAUAAAAUUAAACAAGACUUUCAAACACGCCAAAAGGUAAAAGGUGUACACGACUUGCUUUUUUCUGCUUUUUUUUGCAUACUUCUAUAUUUUAUUUCAAGAUAUUUUUGCCAAAGAUAAAAUUCAGAUCACUGAUGCAUCUUUCUGAUAGUACUUUGUCGACUUUCCGUAGAAUUUUAUCAAAAAGAAUUUAUGAGGACGCAUCCUAAAAAAAAAAUAUAUGACAACACUCAUUUGUUAUAUAUAUCUUGUCUUUAAUUAUAAUGAUACAUGGAUUAUAAGUCAUUGACCUUAAUUUUUUUUCUAAAAUGCUUGGCGUUUAACUUAUACAAAUUCAUAUGAAAAACGGACAUGAACGGAAUAUUUGCUUGAAGUAGGAUGAUAAUUUUAGCUAUAUGAUCAAUUUAUGAAUGUAAAUGGAUAUUAUAUCUACUGGUCUGUGCAUCUGUCUGUUCUUCGGUUUUGAUCAAAAUAUAAAACGUUAAAAAUAAAUAUACCAAAUUAGAGUUUGGCCCGGAUUAAAUGGUGCACUGAAUAUGGAAAUAUGAUCAUGUGAAGGGGCACGGUGUCUUUAGGCCACACAUUCUUGUUGCAAAUGUUUAAAUUAAUACACGUAAAUGAAUAUGUAUCUUCCAUAUUCAUAUUUGUAUGUUUUAUCGCGCGCUCGCCUCGACAGUAUAAAACCCCUCGAAUGUGAUCGGGGGAAUAGAAAUAUGGUCACUAUUGGUCUUGUUCCGAUCGGUAGUUUAACCAUUGCAAAAGUGGGAAGUCUUUUUGAUUUUGUGGGAUAUACAAGUACGCAGUCCCGUCUGGUCAAAGUGGGGACAUUUAAUCAGAUGCAUCUUGUAGAGAGAAUGCCAUUCUAUUUCAACGUUAAUUAUGCAUUGAAUAUUUGCCACUGGACGUUAAGCAACCAACUAUCAAUCAAUCGACAGUAGCGUAACUUGAAUUUUAUUUCUGGCAAAGCAAAUGAUCUGAAUCUUGGCAGGCAAAGCCUUGCUUGGUUAAAAGUCGUCAAUGCUAAUAGGGAGUGGACGGUUAAUUGAAAAUACGAAUAGGAAAACAGGUGUAGGUGAUCAUAAACUUGAUUGAUCACACACUGGCAAAAUUAUCCAGUCUAUGAAAAAUCCGGAUAUGUGCAAUUCCAUCUUGAAAUAACAUUUCUAGUGCGCAUGAAAUCAAUAUAUUUCAAUGAAACUGCUGUUUAAAAGUUUAAUUCUCAGUUUUCUCGUGUUUCUGGUCCUGAUCGAAACAUAAAUAAUUGACAGAAUUAUAUUAUGGCCUCCUUUAUAAUGCUUUUGUACAGAUUUGGGGAUAUUAAGUUUAAGAUCCACUAUGUCUUUUUACUUUAUUCGUUUAUAUUUUGUCAAAAUGUAUGGAUGAUAAUAACUGGUUGAACUAUGAAGUCUUGCUGAUAUAUUCCAAUGUAGAAGAGUACUACAUAAAUUGUAGAAAUGCCAAGUGUCUGUUGAAAACUUUGUCCACAAAAAGUUCGUUUUCAAAACGAAAAUCAAUCAUCAUAUAUCAGUUUCCCAGUUAUGACCUCUUGUUUGAAUAAGUUUUAACGAGGUAAACUUGGUCUUUUACUUAUAAAAAGAUAUUUGCAUCUACCGAGUUCAUUUAGGAAAGCAAGUUUUCAAUACGAUAAUAAUGAGGAAUGAGUGAUUAAAGAGUAAAGCAGUCAACGUUUUGAACAGUCGUCACUCAGUAUGCAAUAUACUUUUACCUACAUGGUAUAUAGUUGUCUUUAUCUUUCUUUUUUAUUUUAUUCAAUUUAUAUAUAAAAUUGGUUGUAUGCUA